AUGGCAGGCGGCGAUGACGCCCCGGCGAGCCCGCAACCGCAGAGACGCCCUCCUCUAGGUCACCGCCAUUCGAGCACCUCUUCACAUGUCUCGCAGUCGCCGAGCGACUCGACCACCAAGGGCCACCACAAGUCUGCACACCACAAGCCUCAGCGACAUGUCGUCAGCCAUCACAACCGCAUGGGCUCGCGCAACCCCAGCUUCCAUCGUUCUCUGAGCAAGAUCAAGAUCACCCAGCACGACCAGCGCCAGCACGACGACGACGAGCCUCCCACUCCAAAGCCGAAACAACAGGCCUCGGUUGCCUCCCAGUCCACUCUCGUCCCGCCCAGUCCAGCCCGUCCCAACAUGAAGCGCAACAACACAUCCGUCCACCUUCCACGCAACCACUCGCAUGCCGCUCUCAAGAAGAAUCUCUCCAGUGGUCAAUUGUCUCGAGUCACUGCUGGAAAGACAACUGUACAUGCCCGUACAGCCGCUCAACAUCAACGGCCCGAUAUCCGACGCGCCCAUACACAGCCAUAUAAACGAUCCAAAAGUCCAGCACCCAAGCGACCAUCCUUCGAUGUAGUCGAUGACGAUGACGACGACGACGAUGAUGCUGAAGAGAUGGAAGGCGUCGAUGACCAAUGGACAGAGGAGAGCGCUUCAGCUUCGCCCAGUACCACUCGCGACAACACGGCAAGCAACACUCGCCAGAAUUCGGUCGUCCUGGAUCCCAGACUAAACCCUUACGCUCGCCAGAUCGCUGAAGAAGAAGAAGCUGCCAAUGAUUCGUCAGGCAGCGACACCGUCGGCUCGCCGAGUCCGCCCAAGUCAACCAAACCUCCCGUCACCCUAAGUAUCCGCACAAAGGACUUUGCUGCUCCUCCACCUGGUCCUACCUCUGCACCACUACAACUCCAAGAGCAGCAACAACCGCCAACCUCAUCAUACAAUCCUCAAGUAGCUCAGCAGCACAUGCCCGAUGCUGAUGCCAUCGCUCGUCGCCUGCUCGAAACAAAUCCAGCCUUGAACGCUGCACCUCCAAGAGUCUCGUCCGUCUCAGCUAUAGCAAACCCGGGUCUCGGCGAUCCGAAGAGCGUGUCGACUCCGGCUGCUGGCUUGUCGGUCACAAAUGGUUCAAACACGCCACUUGUGUCGCGCUUCAUCUCCAACGAUGGCACCGACAGCAAAGAUGGGACGCCAGCCGAUCAGUCGGGCUUCAUCCAGGGUGCUAGAGGCCACAAUCGCACCGCGUCACAAGCCCAGACGCGUAAAGAACAAUCGGACCUCUAUCGCAAUCAAUCAACCCCAAACUUCGCCUCGCAAAAGCAGCCACCAACACCGUCAGGCUCGGGUGCAGUCACCCCAGAUCCAGCGCUCAAUCAGAGCAGGACACAACAGAAAUUAUGGCUACAACGUGGUCUCUCCAACAUCGAAGCCAGUUCGCAGCCCCAUCUUCCUGGUCUGCUGCCCACAGGCCGUGCCCAAGCCAUGCGCACCCCGCACGCCGGCAAGCAAUUUGAGUUUGUCGACAAAGAAUGGGCCGUCGUACGUCGCUUCCAAAACCCUCUUGAUGCUGGGCUCGAACGAUUGCGCAAAAUGAAUGGUGGCUCUUUACCUGGGAAACCGAGCAAGCCGAAAGCAAAUGCCGCACAAUCACAUACCAAUGGCGGUGUCAAUGGCCAUCGUAGGGGACCUUCCAAUGCCGGCUCCAUCGCUAGCCCUGAGCGACCAACAGUGGGCAGGAAGUCUCGAGUUAGCUUUCACAUGGGCGAGGGUGAUGGCGACAACGACGAUGAUGAGCACGAUGAUCACAACACACGACCUGACAGAGAAUCUCCCGCAGACAUUGCUCGCAGAUUAUGGGAGUCGCCUGUAGGGAUACAAGUAGAGGCGUAG